CAGGUUAUUUAGCUGCUCACAAACAGAGUGUGACGUGUGGAUAGAUUGAUCAUUGGAUAUCUACCAUGGAGCUCAAUGGUACACUGAGUGGAGAUCAGAUUGAUGUUCUCUCUACUGUGUACUUAGUGUUACUCACACCCAGUGUGAUUGGGAGUUUUUCUGUCCUGGUGGUUUCCAUAUUGAAAUGGAGGCAUCUACAACAACAGGUGCACUUGCUGGUGCAGCUCGCCCUUGCAGACCUCCUGGCUGCUCUGAUCCUGAUGUCCACCAGUGUCAUGAACAAAAUUGGAACCAUCAACAGUGUAAUGAUCUGCCUAUACAGCCUGCCACUGUCAUUGACAUUUUACUUUGUUUCAUUUCUGCUGGUGGUGGUUUACGCAUGGAAGUCGAAGAAUGGAAUCCAAGGAUGGAGAGCAACGCCAGCAGAAAAUGAGGGCGGACAGAGUCAGUGUAGACAGAAAAUAGUAGCUAUACCUGUAUAUGCCAUGGUGUGGUUGAUCCCCAUUGCAAUAUACUUAGCAUAUGUUCUCACUCCCUUCAUAAAAGCUGCUAUGGUGAUUCCAAUCGCUGACAAAUCACUAAGCGGGACCGUCCAAAGUGACAGCAUGUACUGCACCAGUUGUAUUUUGUUCUUGCAUGUCUGGAGGGACUCCUGCCCAGGAUCUGAAAAAAUCCAUGACACUUUCAUCAAAAUUUUUCUUUUCCUUGUGGUGAUACCAGUGAUGCUGUCUUGCUCUGUCAUUUACUAUAAUGUUGGUAAAUGGUAUGAAAGACAUCAGCAUCAUGGUCUUUUUCCAGUGGAAGGAGACGGACGUUCAAGGAGGAGAUUCAAAAGAAUGAUUUCUACAGCAAGAAAUAUGGUGAUGGUCAUCUUAUUCUGUUGGACACCAGCGCUUAUCCUCAUUCUGAUGUCCACAAUUAUGAUAUGGAUAAACAUUGAACAGCGCAGACUAUUUGGCCUUUACAUGAUACAGGCUGCCACUGUGUCCCUGCAAGGUUUCCUGAACAGUAUGGUUUACGCCUGGAGACGGCCAAACUUCACAGAGGCUGUUCUUGGGGAGAACACACCCCUGGUGCCACACAACCGCCUGGCCUUCUUUGAUGAAUCGCUCAGGAGUUAAUCUUGAUUGUUGACUCUAAACACGCGAAGAGAAAUUGCUGGCACACCACACUGCUGGCCUGAGGAGGACCGACUGCCUGCACACUUCAUGACUUCAUGACAGUUUAGACUGAAAGAUAAAAUGCUCUCAUUCACGGACUGAAGAUGAAGAGAAAUAGAACAAAAAGAUGAAGGAAACACAAAGACCCUUUAAACAAGCAACAAUUGAUGCAGUGCUUUUCAUUGCAACUGCUGAAUUUUUCUUAUAGUAAACAAAGUCAUAGUAGCUUCGUUAGCAUAUUUUUUUGUAUAAAAAUGGGGACAAAAAGGACAUUAAUUGUAUGACUUUGUUGUAUUUAUAUGUGCUGUUAAUGUUUUAUCAAAGACUUAAAAGAUGUCAUACAGAAUUAUGGAUGUGGUGUUUGAUUUAUAUGUUAUGUUUUAUCAAAUGUAUUUGUAGUGUUUAAUAAGGUGCCAGUUGUUACCUGCUGUUUUAUUAUGGACUUGUUAUUCAACAGUACCUCAGCACUCUGUAGUUCAAGAUAAGAACAAUGGAAAACCUGUCGGGGUUGCACAUAUGCCGUCACCUUUCUGUCAUUUCAGAAGCACAUGUCACCUACCAUAAUAUAGAGUUCAGUCUCAGGAGCACGGCACAUGACA